UAAAACACAUGCGUUUGUUUGUCAAACACCAUUAAACCUCAGAUGAAGAAGUUUAGUUUCACCGCGCUCUCUGUUGUUUUGUCGUGAUGCUGGAUCAAUACAAACUGUUAGAAAUGUAGUUUCUGUAAAUAGAACAGUUUUUGAAUCAGGUCAAUAAAUACCUGUAAUAUUCUCAUUCUCACAGUCGUGCCUAAGUUUUGAAGCAAGCAGGAAUAUCUGGAGGAGUAUCAUCUGAACUGAGAUCUGCUGCUGUGAAGAUGGUGUUUGUUAAAGAAGAGAGUGAGGAGAACAUGAGUGAACCAGAAACCUGGAGAAUAAAACACGAGGAACAAGAAACAUGGAGAAUAAAACACGAGGAACCAGAAACCUGGAGAAUAAAACACGAGGAACCAAAAACCUGGAGAAUAAAACACGAGGAACCAGAAACCUGGAGAAUAAAACACGAGGAACCAGAAACCUGGAGAAUAAAACACGAGGAACCAGAAACCUGGAGAAUAAAACACGAGGAACCAGAAACCUGGAGAAUAAAACACGAGGAACCAGAAACCUGGAGAAUAAAACACGAGGAACAAGGAGGCCUGAUGAAAGUGAAAGAAGAAAGACAAGAUCUGAAUGAAGUGGAGGAGAAACAACCGCAUCGGAAAGAUCAUGAUGUCAAUGGAGAAAAAUCAGCGAGUUGCAGCAUUCAAAUAACAGACGUCGAAAAGCCUUUCAGCUGCUCUCAGUGUGGAAACACUUUCACACGUAAAACAAGCCUUAAGACUCACAUGCUAAUUCAUACUGGGAUAAAGCCUUUCAGCUGCUCUCAGUGUGGAAACACUUUCAAACAAAAAGGAAGCCUUAUGAAUCACAUGAGAAUUCAUAGUGAGGAAAAGCCUUUCAGCUGCUCUCAGUGCGGAAACACUUACAAAUAUAAAAAAACCCUUAAGAAUCAUAUGAUAAUUCAUAGUGAGGAAAAACCUUUCAGCUGCUCUCAGUGUGGAAACACUUUUACAUGUAAAGAGAACCUUAAGAAUCACAUGUUAAUUCAUACUGGAAUAAAGCCUUUCAGCUGCUCUGAGUGUGGAAAGAGUUUUAUACAGAAAAGGCAACUUAAGGAUCAUUUGCUAACUCACUCUUCAGAAAAGCCUUUCAGCUGCUCUCAGUGUGGAAAGAGUUUCACACGUAAAACACGCCUUAAGAAGCACAUGUUAAUUCAUGCUGGAAUAAAGCCUUUCAUCUGCUCUCAGUGUGGCAAGUCUUUCAAUUAUAAAGAAAGCCUUAUGAAACACGUGAGAAUUCAUAGUGGGGGAAAGCCUUUCAGCUGUUUUCAGUGAGGAAACACUUUCACGUGUAAUGAAAACCUUAAGAAUCACAUGUUAAUUCAUACUGGAAUAAAACCUUUUACCUGCUCUAAGUGUGGAUAGUUUACAUUUACAUUUGUUCAUUUAGUAGACACUUUUAUUGAAAGUGAUUCACAAUUGGGGAAUACCAAAAUAUUAAGACCAGGGAAACAAUUCUGAUCACGACAGCUGUUCAGUGUGGCUGAUAUCUGGAGUGCAAUCGAGAAUGAUGGAGAAAAAGUUUGUCAGCUUGAUUCACCAUAAUUGAAAUGUCCUUGUUGCUCAUCAAAUCAACGAGUUCAUUUUGUAUUUGGUGGCCAAGGUAGCUGGUGUGACUAAAGGGUCCCUUUUUGGGCACGGUUAAGGUGCUCUUUCAGGACUGGAUCAAACUAUGCCAUCAGUUCAACCUCUGAGGAAAUUUCUAUUUGAUGGUGCGGGGUUACAAAUUUAAGAAUAUGUCUUAGAUCUACUGAUCCUAUGUCCUUACAUACAAGGUGAAAGAUUCCUGGCACUUCCUGUUCUCUUAUUGUAAGUCAAAAGAGCCAGAUUACUGAGGCCUCGUUUACACUGUCAGUUAAAUGUGACCCAAUUCCGAUUUUUUGCUCAUAUAUGACACAGAUCGGAUCUGCUCUAUGACAGUGUAAACAGGAAAAAAACGCUUGCAUUCGGAUAUAGCGAGAUCGGAUUCAGGCCUCAUUCAUAUGUGGAAAAAAAAUCGGAUAUGUGCCAAUGCGACUGUCAUGUAAACAGGCAGAUCCGAUUUUCUGAGGCAAUGUGUUCUGUACGUCAUUAAAACUGUGACAAUUUAGUACUUUGCCGCAGUUUAAUGACGUCAUAUGGGAAGUGCGUGUGAAAGCGCAGUAACGUUAAAUGACAACAAAUGCAAGAAACAUGGAGGAGGAAGGUGCAGGGCAGUGGUCGACGACUGAAGUUACCUGCCUUCUCACCCUGUGGGGAGAAGAGUCAGUUCAAGAUAAAAUUCAAGACUCGUACAGAAACAAAUCUGUUUUUGCGGACAUUUCGGCAGCAAUGUCGGAGCAGGGCUACAGACGUUCCUGGCUCCAGUGUCAGCGAAAAGUUAAGUCGCUUAAAUCUAAGUACAAGGAGGUGAAAGACAACAAUAAUAAAAGUGGUCAUGGGCGAAUCAUAUUUCCGUU